AAAUAAACCGGAUUUCUUUUCACCAAGACACCAACCUCUUCGCUACUGAUAAUAAUUUCCCCACCAAAAUAACAGAACCCUACUUGGAAGUUGGAUAAAACCCUUAUACUUGCAGAACAAAAAAGUUGGGAAUAAACAAAAAUUGAGCGCUAUGAUGGGUAGUUGGAGAAGAACCGUGGGAAAUGUCAGAUCAUUCAUAGGGAAUUCGAUGGGAGGUCUAAGAGGUCCAUCUAAUUUAGCUUCGUGGGUGGUUGCCGGAACGCUAGCUUAUUUCCUCUGGGUUAAGCCCUCUCAAGACCUCAAGCGAGAACAAGAGGAGAGGGCAGCACUUGCGGCUCUUGAUCCUAAUCGGUACGUGGAGAAAAGAAAACCCAUUCCCGAUCCACAGACAACUGGUUUGAUAUACGGCAACAAGAAUAAAGCUAAUCAAUCAGACGAAUAGUUUUGUUACACAUCUCAAAUUUCUAAGUUAGAUUUGUUGGGUUUAGGUGAAUUCACCUUAAAGUGACGGUGUUUUCUUGUAUGCUGGGUACAAUGCUAGUGACUUUAUCAAUAUAAAAUAGAAAAUCCAAAAUAUUGUUUAAUAAUAGUUUUUUUUUUUUAAUUUUUAUUUGUUUUUGGAGAGUCAAAUAAGAAAUAAGAGCUUACUUCUGAGUGGAUGUACAAUCUGUAUGGUUUGUUUUCUUUUGUUGAGGUUAUUGU